AUGAGGAGGAGUUCAACAUAUGAGUCAAUUCAAGUGCACAUAGAUAGGGUAAAAGGGUUUAGUCAGGAUCAGCCUCCAGCUCAAACAGUAACACUGAUGUUGCGCCCAAAAGAAAAUGAUAAUCCAAAGCUCCAGCGAAAGAUAACUGAGGAUGAAGAGAUGAAAAAGAAUAAAGAAAGAGUUAGGGACGGCAGCAGCAGCAACAGAAGGAACAAUAUUUUUCAGAAUACAAUUAGAGGAACCAAUGGCGCCGCAGAUGUUGGGGUCCUCAACUUUGGCAACGUCGUCGUCCAAGGUCAAGGGGGCGGCAAAGGAAUGAAGGGCUUCCCUGAACAUGGCCGUGGUUUCAACAUUUAUGACAAUACAGUUACAGCAGAUGGAGUCGGUACUAGUAAAAUUGGGUUUCAAAACUUUGGCAACACCAGAUACGAGAAGGAAAGGGAUUCAAAUUGCGCGCAAAAAAAAAGAAAGUCCGAAGCUCUCCUGCUUAACAUGAGUGCUAGGGUAAAAGGGAUUCAUAAUAAUGAAGGAGCCGGCAGCAGCAGGAACGAUUAUCCUGAUAAUAAAAUCACCAAAACCAAUGACUCCACAGAUGUUGGGAUUUUCACCCAUGGCAGCUCUGAUACCGUCUGGACCAAUGCCCGUGGCGGUGAAGGGAAGAAGCCCAAAGGUGUCGGCAAGGACAUCUCUGGCAAUAAGAUUAAAGGAGAUGGAGCACCAGAUGGGUUUCGCAACUUCAGCAACACGAACAAGACAACUAAUGAAGAAGAUUACUGCGUCACCAGCGAUAUUCAUAAGAAUAGCAUUACCGCAGGCAAUGGAGCCGAAUGUGUUGGGAUGGACAACUUUCAUAACACCACCAACUUGCUGAGAAAUGCCAGCCAAGGCCAAGGCGCCAUCGGUCACAACAUUUAUUCCAACAAUAUUAGUGCAGAUGGAUCCGAGAAAGCUGGGUUUAACAACUUUGGCAACACCAACACCCAAUAUUCGGAGACUACUUAG